AUGAAAUCGUUCUUUGAUUUCGAUAGUCUUCUACUCUGGCAUUAUGCUCGCGACUAUACCAAUGGAAACCACGGCUUGGCAAUGACCUUUUUGGGCCUCACCGUAGGAUUAAUCGUUUUGCUAUGCGCACUCUUUCCAGACAAACAAAAACUCGUUCCUGGUGUUCUAGUUGUUGGUGGGAAUGCUAAACACAGCAUCAAGGCAAAUCGAGAGCGGUUUCGCCAAAAUGCAAAGGAGAUGCUUCAAGAAGGGUACAAGCGCGCGAAAGGCGACUUCUUCUACGUCCCCAGUCCACUAGGAGAACGUCUGAUGAUUCCCUCGAAAUACUUAGAGGAGCUCAAGACGGCCCCAAUCGACCAGGUAGACUUUGUUGCUACGUUUAUCGAGGGUAAGUACACCACCAUGGGGAAUUGGACGCCCGUCCCUGUCGUCCACACAUUGACGCAGAUUGUGGCAAGAGUCUCGAGUUGUAUGUUCGGUGGCACCACUCUAUCUCACAAUCGAGAAUGGGUACAAUCAUCUAUCGACUUCGCCAUUGACGGCUUCAUUGGCGCUCAGAAGCUGAAAAGAUAUCCCGAGGUCCUGAAGCCAUUUGCAGCUCGUUUCAUUCCGGAGAUUACCAAGAUCGCCGGCCAUUACGCCGCUGCAGAAGCUGCAGCUAUUCCACUGCUCGAAAGUCGCCUUCGCACUGGAGAUAAAGCUGAAGAUCUUCUAUAUUGGAUGGCCGAGCAGGCGAAAGGCGAAGAGCGUGACAUGGCAUUCCUGGCCAGUAUUCUCUUGAAGGUAAGCUUUGCUGCGAUACACACAAGUGCAGCUGCACCUGCACAGCUCAUUUACGACCUAUGCGAACGUCCUGAAAUCAUUGGAACAUUGCGGGACGAAUUCGAGAGCCUUACUGGCAACGAUGAUUUGAUAACAAAAUCGGGCUUCUUGAAAAUGGCGAAGAUGGAUAGUUUCAUGAAAGAGAGCCAAAGGUUUAAUCCUCUCCUUCUAAUCACAUUCGAGAGAGUGGUUCACCGGCCUUUUACACUAUCCUCCGGGUUUACAAUUCCAGCUCAUACCACCAUUGGGAUUCCAACACAAGCUAUCACAAUGGAUGAAUCUCUUUAUCCGGACCCUGAAACUUUUGAUGCGUUUCGUUUCGCCAGGAUGAGAGAAGAGCGCUCGGAUAUGGACGGUCGCGCCCAGUAUGUCGCGUCGAAUCCGACAUCUUUGAGUUUUGGCUACGGGCGCCAUGCUUGUCCAGGACGCUUCUUUGCGGCUCAUGAGAUCAAAGCCAUAAUGGCCCAUCUGUUGAAAAAUUACGAGAUGCGAUUUACACAUGGACAGGGACGCCCGCAAAGUGUACGAGCGGAAACACAAUAUCUACCGGACCCAUGGGCGACUGUGGAGUUCAAGAAGAGACUCUAG